AUGGGCACCGCCAUCAUCAAAGGUCUUCUCACCAGUAUACGCCCCGGACACGCAAACUCGGACGACUUCAGAAUGGAAAUAUACGCCUGCGUUAGGUUCCAAGAAUCUUUUGAUCGCGUUCAAAAGGCUCUCGGCGACGAAGCCUACCGCGUUCAGAGUGCGACAAAUCUCCAUGCUUGGUCACAGGCUGUCGACAGAGCUGAUGUCGUCAUGUUGGGUAUUCCACCUGCAGAGCUCAAGGCCAUCUCGGAGAACAUGCCGCUGUGCAAGUCGUUGCGGGGUAAACUUGUCAUCAGUCUGCUGGCAGGCACGUCUUGCGAGCAAGUCACGGAUGCUUUUGUGCUCAACGACAAGGGCAACAGAGCAAGCCAAUUCCAUAUCAUCCGUGUGAUUCCAAGCAUUGGAGCACAGAACUUGGACUCGGUCAGCAUGAUUGCCGAUACACCUCAUGCUGGAGAUGAGCAGAAGACCAUGUGCGACUGGAUCUUCAGACAGAUCGGCAGUGUGCAUUACCUACCCGAGGAACUCAUGAAUGAGGCCACUGCUACUCAUGCGACUUGCAAUGCUCUUGCAAUGAUUGCUGUUGAUGCUAUCACGGAUGCUGCCGUGGCGGAAGGUAUACCUCGCUCACAGGCAAUGGCGUUGGCGGCACAAAGUCUCAAAAGUGCGGCUGGCCUGUUGGAGAGCGGCAUGACUCCCGAGUCGUUGAAGGAGUCAAUGUCUGUGCCAAGAGGCAUCACAAUCAACGCUUUGCUCGACCUUGAAAGGGGUCAGGUCAGAUCUGCUACAUCCGACGCAACCAGGAACGCCAUCAAAUACACAAGGAAUAUGACGAAUCAAACAUCUAUGUCCUGA